AUGGCCAGUAAAGAAAAAAGUUAUGGACUUUCGAAUCCGCCAAAUCCUCAUUCGAGCACAUCCAAGACGCCUAAUUUGUCGCCAAAACAACGCUGUCAGUCUAACGAUGGAGGCAUCAUUGAGGAUAUCACCUCCACUCAAAAGGUCGAUGCGUCCUCAGCCAUGGCUCUACAGCAAAGACUCGCAGCUUACUACAACGGUUACGGAGACCUUGCUCUAGGCAUGCAUCCACACGACUUAGCAGACUGGGAGAAGUUGAGUGAAAGCAGAGCGGUUGUCAAAAAUAGCAGUAAGCUAAAGAAUGAUGAGUCGCUUGAUCUUGAAGAAUCUACGCCAUUUGCGUUCUUUAAACUGCCACUUGAAAUCCGACGACGGAUAUAUGUGCUUUUGCUUAGUCCCCUUUGGUUAAAUGAUGAGGAUACUGGAGAACAGUACAUGGUAGUUCACGUCAGCAAGUGUGAAGUAAAUGGGCAACUCCAAACUAUCCCUCUUGUUUCGCCUCGCCCGGGGCAUAAUCUCCCGUACGAAUUGAGUUGCCACCCACAGUAUGACUCGGUAGCACAAUUCCUUGACCCCGAUUCUUGCUGUCAUGAAUUACUAAAGUGGCUUCGAAAGGCUCAACAUGCGAGCUCUUUAUUCAGAAAGGAAAUAGCAGAAGUAUAUUGGGGAAGGACAAAACUAGUACUUUCUGCAAUGGACGGCCACCUGCAGGAGUUCAAAGCGCUCAUCCAAGACCGACCAGCUAUAGUUAGGGGUAUCAAACAUCUGGUCAUCGAAGUGUCCGACGAUUGGGUAACAAAACGGCCAGUCAGUAUUGAGGAGUUCAGGUCAACAUGCCAGGACAUAUCAAAGUUGCUGUCCUUGGAAUGCCUCAGUCUUUACUUCAAGAGAUUCACAGUGCGCAUCCAUUCAGACAUCGAAGAUGACGACGACGACGAAGAAGAGGAAGAUGAAGGCAACAACAGAAGAAGGGGUCAGCGAACAAUGCAGUGUACUCAAAAGUCUGUUUAUUACAUGAAGCCGCAGCGUGAAUCGAUGACGCUGGAGAAAAGGAAUAAAAAGAUAUUGGAGGAGCUUCUCCUACCACAUUCUCUAAGACCUAAGCCGGAUGACGAAGAAAAAGUAUACUUGGCAGCGCGAGAAGCGAUGGAGAACACCACUUUAGAAAAAGGAGUUGAAGAAUGA